AUGCGACAGCCAGCCCCAUAUACAUCCCACGUGCCUUGCAAGUUCUUCCGUCAAGGUGCUUGCCAGGCUGGCAAUGCCUGCCCAUUUAGUCACGAUCUCGGAUCGGCGGCAGAGAACGUCUGCAAAUACUUUGCCAAGGGCAACUGCAAAUUCGGUCCCAAAUGUGCCAACAUCCAUGUUCUCCCCGAUGGGCGCCGAAUCAACUACGGAAAGAACGGCGUCACAAUUGGCACCGCACCGAUCAGCCUAGGCAGCCGGAUCAACCCGACGACAUAUCACCAGUCUUCGAACAGUGCCCUGACAAAUUCUUUUAUGCGAGCCGAGGGAGUUCCCUCACCAUAUGCCCUACCCUCUGACGAGAGAUAUGGUCACCAGCUGGGCCGUCAGCCAAGCCUAGAGAAUGGACUGCCCACGAUAGACACGACAUACAGCCACCCGGGCUCCGCGUACGGAUCGCCGCGUGAUGAAGAGACGAAUCGAUUUGGACUUGGCCUGUCACCUGUGAACACCAAGGGGCUGUCCGUUCUAGAUGCCCCGCUCCCCGCAUCCUUUGACUCGAAUGGUAUCUCACAUGCGGCCCGGUACGGUCCAUGGCCGUCGUCAGUACCGUCUAAAUUUGGUCUCGAGUCUCCUUCUCCAAGCUUGAACAACGCGAAAGAAUCGCGGACAUCGGAGACUCUGAAGCUCCUUCACACCUCUGCCUUUGGUAGCAGCGACCAUCUUUCUUCUGGCAACAUCAACGAUGUCAUGAUCGGGAGCAGCCCCCCUACCCACAAUAUAGCCGACGAGUAUUUCGGCAAACGGGCUAUGCACUCCAGUCGCUAUGCCAAACCUCGACUAUUGAGUUCAAGCGCGCCAAAGGUGGAUCGAGACUGGGAGGACAACUUUUUGUUCUUUGAGGAGGAUUAUGUGCCGGGUGCAUUAGCAAAUGAGGUUCUCACACCCGCAGAGAAGGCGCGGCGAGGGUCAUUACGCGCGAGUGAUGUGAAUGAACUCACCGGUGAGAAUUCGACUACGAAGUACGGAAGCCCAAUCAACACCGCGAGUCCAAGCCGAUGGGGCCCGCUUUUCCAGCGUCAGAAGGACGAAGAGUUGGAGCCUGGGAGCGGCAGUCUCGGAAAGAGUCUGAAGGGUGCAUCGGCAUUUGGACACGUGGGCAGUCCCUUGCGAAACUCGAGCCUCGCAAGCGGUAUCGAGGUGAAUGGCGCUCAUGGACGGCCAGCGAUAGGCAGCCGAUCAACCUCAAACGCGGAGUCAAUGUCUGUUCUCACUCAGCAAAUUCAACGGACAAGGUUGGGUGACGAUGGAAGUAACUCCAGCCCCCACCUACAUCCGAACGCGGCACGGUCUACCAGCGGAUCUGGCUCAAGCGUAGGGAUCAUCGGCAAGGAGCGCGAUCGUGAACGUGGCCUUGAGAGACAUGUAAGCAGCGGCUCAAUCGGCUCUUCGGUGACUGGCAGAUUUACCACACCAAUCGACGAGGAAGACCCGGCUUUCGUAUUCAGCAUGGAGGAAGAGGAUGAAGCAACACAACUGCGAACAAGGAAGCGGAUAUCCGGAGGCCAUGUGGGUGUUGGUGUUCCUCCAGGUUGGAGUUACGCCGGCGUUGCUGCCAGCAAACCGAACGGUACCGGAAGCAAGGUAUCGUCCAACUCUGUCGAGCCCGUCAGCGGACGUUAA